UUUGCAGCGUGCUCCAUGCAUCCGGAGCCCGCCCCGCCUCCGAGCAGCAACAGCCCUGAGCUUCCCCUCAGCGGCGGCAGCACCACCAGCGGCAGCCGCCGGAGCCGCCGCCACAGCGGGGACGGGGAGCCCCCGGGGUCGCCGCCGCCGCCGCCGCCGCCGCCCGCGGUCACCUACCCGGACUGGAUCGGCCAGAGUUACUCCGAGGUGAUGAGCCUCAACGAGCACUCGAUGCAAGCGCUGUCUUGGCGCAAGCUCUACUUGAGCCGCGCCAAGCUCAAAGCCUCCAGCCGGACCUCAGCUCUGCUCUCCGGCUUCGCCAUGGUGGCCAUGGUGGAGGUGCAGCUGGACACUGACCACGACUACCCUCCGGGGCUGCUGAUUGCCUUCAGUGCCUGCACCACGGUGCUUGUGGCCGUGCAUCUGUUUGCGCUGAUGAUCAGCACCUGCAUCCUGCCCAACAUCGAGGCGGUGAGCAAUGUGCACAACCUCAACUCGGUCAAGGAGUCACCCCACGAGCGCAUGCACCGCCACAUCGAGCUGGCCUGGGCCUUCUCCACUGUCAUCGGUACACUGCUCUUCCUGGCAGAGGUUGUGCUGCUCUGCUGGGUCAAGUUCUUGCCCCUCAAGAAGCAGCCGGGCCAGCCACGGCCCACCAGCAAGCCCCCGCCCAGCAGCGAGGCCACCAACGUCAGCAGCAGCAGCCCUGGUGGCAUCACCCCGGGCCAGGCUGCGGCCAUCGCCUCCACCACCAUCAUGGUCCCCUUUGGCCUGAUCUUUAUCGUCUUCGCCGUCCACUUCUACCGCUCACUAGUCAGCCACAAGACGGACCGACAGUUCCAGGAGCUCAACGAGUUGGCUGAGUUCGCCCGCCUGCAGGACCAGCUGGACCACAGAGGGGACCACCCCCUGACCCCCGGCAGCCACUAUGCCUAAGCCCUCCCGGGCUGGGCACUUCAGAGCUUUGGCCUUAACGCCCUUCCGCAUGACCUUGUCCUGCCCUAGCCUCAAGGACAACCUGUGCAGGGGACU